ACCGCUUGCGAGUAUAACAGGAUAGUACUAGUUUUACUAAAUUGCACAAAAGACUUGUAUUUUACUAAUGUAUAAGUAGUAAUAAAAAAAACUAUGAUUGCAAACCUUUGUGAAUUUUUGUUCUGUUGUUUUGCUAUAACAUCAAAUAUAAAAAUAAUCGAAUCAGCAGGUAACCAAAUUGCUCCUUUGCGAUUAUACACUCAUACAACUGGUCCAAGCUAUGUACAAACCAUAAAGAAUUUGAAAACAUUUAACAACCAUCCAGUUAGUAUUACAUACGAAGACGUAGCACUUCUGACAGCCGGUUAUUUAGAAACUUUUUUAGAUUACCAAUUAAAAUUAAAAAGCCGUGAAAAAUUAGAGAAAAAAGCUAAAGACAUCACAUGUAGUUUUUCAUUAAUUGCAAAAUCAAAAUUAUUUUUCUUGAAGGACUUAUUUGUAAAGCUAGAAAAUGGAGAGCCUUUUAUUAAUGUCGAGGAAACUAUAAAACGUCUUAAAGAAGAAGCCGGACUUAUACUACAAUUAUUAGUGUGGGGAAAUUUAGAAACAGGAAAAAGGCUUUGGAGUUAUUAUUUAAAAAUUAUUGCAAUCAGCCAAUACGAAGGUAACAAACGUUUCAUCCAGGAAAACCCAUUCGAAGAUCAACAACUCCAAACCGGCUUUUCAGUCUUUAUAGAAAAAUGUAUAGCUGACGAUUACCUACCUAAGAAUACAAUAGAAUUUGAUUUGGUUUUGAAAAAGCCAGAGAUAUACGAAAAAAUGUUUUGUGAUCUUCGGAAAUCCAGAUGGGGUAAAGAUGUGUUAAGGGGCCAAUUUUUGGUCACGACAGACUUUUUAUAUCUUAAAUCAUUUUGGGAUGACGCAAAUGAAAUAUUGUUCAGACAUAUAGUCGGAGUCAAUGUCGAUUGGAGUAAUGUAAAACAACGUCAUGAACUCGAAACAGCUAUUACCAGAGAAUUUGUAGAAAAUCGCACUUGGAUUAAAAAUCCGUACGGCCGACUCGACCACCAACAUAUGGUAAUCAAAAUUAUCAGUGCCAGAUUUUAUUGUUUCUUUUCGGUUGUUCUGCAUAUUUAUGAAAAACAGUUUUCCAGACUGCGCGAAGAGAUGAUGAUAGACACCAGAGAUCGUAUAAAUAAUGUAAUCAAAGACGCAUUGAUUUUAAUGUCGUAUAAAGAUGAUUUUCUUUUGAAUAUUAUAUCAGAAUUUAAGUUUGGAAUAAUAAACGAAAUCAACGACAUAAAAGACAUUUUAGCAAGUGUGUGGAAAAAGGCCAACGAGAUCCUAAACGAUUUAAAUGGUGUUAGCGCAAACAAAAUCGAUUGGCUUAGUUUCAACGUUAACGAAGGCCAACUGUCUAACACAGAUUUGAUAAUAAGAAUCCUUAAUGAUUUUUAUGAUUAUUUAAAUGAAUUAACAGUCUUGCCGUUUAAAUAUAAAGUGUUUUUGCAUUUUAUAGAUGUAGUUACAUAGUCGGCUGCUCAAUGUAUUUAAAAUUUUAAAUUAUGAACUCAAUGUUCUUAAAUCAAAAUAUAACGAAUUUAAAGAAAAUUACAGGAGUACAAGAAUAAAAAUUAAAAGUAUAGCAUAUGAAAUAUUAGAAAUUAAAUUUAUUAUGAAAAUUGUAUUUACUUAUCCUAUUUCAACAGUUUCACAUGAUAAGAACCUAAUGAAACCGUAUAAUGUUGCAAGCCUAAACGUUUGGAUUAAAUAAACCAUAUAACAUGAAAAUUGUUUUUACUGUAUUAUUAUACUUGAAUUUUAAGAUAGUAAUACUUUAUUUUAUUAAAUGCCAUUCAUUUUAGUUUUUGCGAAUGCAGAAUUAUAAAAAUACAAAU